CAGGCAGGUCACCGACCAACACAGUGUUUUGCAGUCUGCCUGUCCCUUUAAGAAGAGGAGGCAGCUUGUCCUUACAAGGCAACCGUGCAGGAAACAGCCUAUUGCUAGCUCUGCAGAGCUUCCCCUGGCACUGCAUUGCAGAGCCUUUUCCCCAGGAAGGCAGAGCACCCAGGGGGAUUCCCUCUGAGCCAUGCACAUCCUUCCACCAUAUUCUGCAAACUGAGAGAUCCUUGUAAACAGCCCAUGGGCCAGUCUGCAUGGCAGCCCCCCUGCAGCACACUGCUCUGCAAUGCUCUGACUCACACUGCAUGCUGCUCUGCUGACCAUGCAGCACUCUGGAACUGCACUCAAAGGGCCAUUCCUCCUGCUGCAGAGCAUGCUCCUGAGACAGCACCCUGCCUGCUCUGCACAGAGCUUCUAACUCUCCCCAUUGAAAGCUGAUUGCAGCAGGUCAGGUUUCAUUCAAAGCUCCCAUAUGGGACAAUGCAGAGAUCCCUGCUGUGACCUGGGACACACUGUGACUCUCCCCCUCUCAGGAAAACCUUGGAAUUAAAGUGCAUCCUGCACAUGAAUCUGCUGUCACUGGCCAGUCCUGUUUCCCAGGUUUUGGGGACACUUUUACUGAUUACAUAACUCUGCCUUACGCCGUUGCAUAGAUGUUUUAGAAAGGGUUACACACAUCCCCCGACGUUGGUUUCCUGUAGUGGUGGGGGAGUAACAAGUUUUGUGUUUUAUGACUGCAUUUAGAUAGUCACAAAUCCCAAGCGAUGAACACCUAGCUCCAGCUAUGAUAUCCGUACCCAAUCUGCUCCGCAGGGGCUGCGCAAUGUCCUCCGGCCUUCGUCACUGCACGCCGCGCAACUCCGCCACCGCCGCUGGCCCCAGGCGCCUGCGUGUGCUGGUAGAUAUGGACGGGGUGCUUGCAGACUUUGAAGGGGGCUUUCUGAAGAAGUACCAAAGCCGCUACCCCAGUGAGCCAUACAUUGAAUUGGAAGACCGCCGAGGAUUCUGGGUAUCAGAACAAUAUGAAAAUCUCAAGCCAGGGUUACGCGAGAAAGCCCUCAGUAUCUGGGAGGCAAAGAACUUCUUUUUAGACCUGGAUCCGAUUGAGGGUGCGGUGGAGGCGGUGAAAGAAAUGUCCAAAUUGACCAAUACCGAUGUCUUCAUAUGUACCAGCCCUAUAAAACGCUAUCAGUACUGCCCGUAUGAGAAGUAUGCCUGGGUGGACAAACAUCUUGGACACGAGUUUCUGGAACAAAUAGUUCUGACCCGAGAUAAAACGGUGGUUUCCGCUGACCUUCUGAUCGAUGACCGUCCAGACAUUAAUGGUGCUGAGCCAAACCCGACGUGGGAACAUAUACUUUUUACUGCCUGUCACAACAAACACCUCCUGCUGACACCGCCAAGCAGAUGUCUUCUGUCUUGGAAAGACGACUGGAAAGGGAUUCUGGACAGUAAGAGGUCUGAGUUAAACUCCACGCACCAAUAAGAUUGCCAACUGAGGGAUUAGCCAAUCAGGACACUCCAAACUGUAAUUCCUGUAUACUUUCAGGGAGAUAUUUACCCUGUGGAGAGUCAUAGUGGAGUAUUCACUGUUAACCCCCCUCUGCACCUAAAUAAUAAACAUAUAGGAUGUUCCAACUUUUAAUAUCUAAUAUAAAUGUUUGGAAAGUUCCAUUCUUCCACAUGACGGGGGAAAGGAAUGUUCAUAAUUCUGAGAAAUGGCAUAUACACAUGCAGCUUUAUAUAUAUUUUCUCACUGGAAUACUUAUAUUGCAUGAUAUCUGUUUGACAAUCUCGGUGAUUUUAACCACUAUUCCGUGUAAUGAUUUACAGCACUCACAGUAGCCGUACACACUGGUCCGGCUAACUCAGAAUCCUUUGUAUGAGACUUUUGUCUUAUUCUUAUUUUUAUUUUCUUUGCCAAAUAGGAAUUAAAUCGUUUUUAUUUUUAA